ACGCACGCUUCAAGGUUCUUGCAAACUGCGGAACGAUCGUCCUUCUUGCUCUUCGAUCUCUUCUCCCCCUUCAACGACUCCACAUGGACUCUCUCAACUCAAACCCUAACCCUAAUUGCGCCAUUGAAACCCUAGUUCCUUAUCCUCUUGAUUAUUCUACUCCCGAAAACAUUGAAGACCACGAUCCCGACUCUUCUCUGCCGCCCACUGCCGGACCCGCUGCUUCGGAUUACCAGAACAACUCGUCUUUAUUUUCGGGCCAAGAAAUUAAAGAUUCCCAAGCUCGAAACCCCUCGAUUGCUCACAACGAAAAUCAGGGGUUUAGUUCUGGAAACGGAUAUUCCGACAACCAGGCGACUGGUGCUUCCCAGGUUGGUGUGAAUAAUUUGCCUAAGGUGGAGAUUCAGAGGCCGCUGGUGUCGGAGAAUGGAUUUACGAACACUCAUAGUGGAACCGACAAGGACUUCUCUGGUGGCGAAGAAGAGACCACGAGUAGGCGCCGACGUCGGAGCCGGUGGGACCCGCAGCCUGAGAGUAAUGAUCAGAGUGGCGGUGAAUCUGGGAGCGGUGCACGGAAGAGAAAGUCCCGCUGGGCUGAUGAUGAGCCGAAGGCCGUAAUUCAACUUCCUGACUUUAUGGGAGGUAUUGAGUUCGACCCUGAAAUCCAAGCUUUGAAUAGUAGGCUCCUUGAAAUUAGUAGAAUGCUACAAUCUGGUAUGCCUCUGGAUGAUCGGCCUGAAGGUGCUCGCUCGCCUUCUCCGGAGCCCAUAUAUGACAAUAUGGGAAUAAGAAUUAAUACUAGGGAGUAUCGUGCCCGAGAAAAACUGAACACGGAGAGACAAGAGAUAAUUUCUCAGAUAAUUAAGAAGAAUCCUGCGUUUAAACCGCCAGCAGAUUACAGGCCGCCGAAGCUUCAGAAGAAGCUCUACAUACCAAUGAAGGAAUACCCAGGUUACAAUUUUAUUGGGCUGAUUAUUGGUCCCAGAGGCAAUACACAGAAGAGGAUGGAGAAGCAAACUGGUGCGAAAAUUGUAAUUAGGGGCAAAGGGUCUGUAAAAGAAGGUAGACUGCAACAGAAGAGGGACCUAAAGCAUGAUCCCGCAGAGAACGAGGAUUUGCACGUCCUAGUUGAGGCUGAAACGCAGGAAUCACUAGAGGCUGCAGCGGAAAUGGUAGAGAAGCUCUUACAGCCUGUUGAUGAAGUCUUGAAUGAGCACAAGAGGCAGCAGCUUAGGGAACUUGCUGCCUUGAACGGAACCAUAAGGGAUGAAGAAUUCUGUAGGUUGUGUGGCGAGGCCGGGCACCGUCAAUAUGCAUGCCCCUCGCGGACUUCGACAUUUAAGAGUGACGUCCUUUGUAAAAUAUGUGGUGAUGGUGGGCAUCCAACAAUUGAUUGCCCAGUGAAGGGGACAACUGGGAAGAAGAUGGACGAUGAAUAUCAGAAUUUCUUGGCAGAGUUAGGAGGUACGAUUCCCGAAUCAGCAACCAAGCAGACCGCUACACUGGCAAUAGGUUCAGGCACUUCAGGAAGUAACCCUCCUUGGGCCAACAACAGUACAAGUGCCAUUGGCAAUGCACCACAAGCAAGCGUUGGGGCAAAUGGAGUGAAGCCUGCAAAGGAAUAUGACGAUACGAACUUGUAUAUAGGCUAUUUGCCUCCGACUUUUGAUGAUGAUGGUUUGAUUAGAUUGUUUUCAACGUUUGGUGAUAUUGUGAUGGCCAAGGUUAUUAAGGAUCGGGUUUCUGGAUUGAGCAAAGGUUAUGGAUUUGUUAAGUAUUCUGAUGUUCAGAUGGCUAAUAAUGCAAUUGCCAGCAUGAAUGGUUAUCGUCUAGAGGGCCGAACAAUUGCUGUUAGAGUUGCAGGAAAGCCACCGCAGCCUACCGUGCCUCCCGUCCCUCCAGCUUCGGCUGUGCCCACGUAUCCUGUUUCCACCCAGCCUGUUGGUGUCUAUCCAUCCCAGCAGUUUAUGCCUGGUGGUCCUCUUGGGAAUGUUCCUCCACCUUCGAGUUAUACAGGAACUCCAGUUCCGUGGGGACCCCCGGUUCCUACUCCAUAUGCUUCUUAUCCCCCUCCACCUCCAGGUUCUAACGUUUACUCGGCAGUUCAGGGUCAGGCCAUGCCUCCUUACGGCGUCCAGUAUGCUCAGGUCCAGACAGUCCCCCCCGGUGCUCCAUCUCAACCUGUGACUUCUGGUGAAGCUCAGCAGAGUUUCCCUCCAGGAUUGCCAUCUGAAAACACUACUAGUCAGCCAUUACAAACUACUGCUUAUGGGAACACUUUAUAUUCGAUGCCACCAAGUGCUCCACCUUCUUACCCGCCUGCUUCAUAUGGUUACUCGCCUUAUUAUAGUGCAGUUUCUACUCAUCCGUUACCAAUGUCUGCAUCAAAUACAGAUCAACCUCAACCACCCAGCGGGAAUGUGCCUUGGGCUACAAAUCCUCCUGUGCCUCCUCCCAUGCCUUCUGUAGAGAAGACAGCAUCGGGUGCAGACGCUGAGUAUGAAAAGUUCAUGGCAGAUAUGAAAUGAUUCGGGUCCUAAUUGAGCAUACUUCAAUUUGGAGGAGUUAUUAAUCAUCCACCGGUAUCAUGUAAAAUUUGACAGGACUGAUGUUUCUUGGAGCUGAUUACUUACCUCUUGCCAUGACUUUGUUGGAAGUUUGGGACUCACCUCUUUAACCUUGCUGUACUGUCUUGACAUUUGCAGAGAUUCAGGCUAGGAGUCCUUGUCACACACUACCUUGUAUUGAAGGAGCAAAUUCGAGCAUAUUAUUAUUGAAGGAUUUGGUUCUGUUUCUAUUGCGUUUGCUAUCUAACAAUGUCUGGUUCAAUUUUUGCUCUUCUAUUACUAUAAUUAUUUGGACUUUCUCAUUACCUACUUCACAGAUAUAGGUAAUGAUAUUUCUUGAUAGAUACUUGUUGCUUAUUCUAACAAUUUAUUAAUCAUCGCUUUCUGUUUUGAUGUUCUAAGUAAUCACUUAAUGUCAUGGCGUUGAUGCGUUCCUUCAAUUGAUCCAGCAGGUAAUUGUGCCCUCAGGUUUCCAUGCGAUGGUGUGGUACAAGGAAUAAGUGUUUUAACAUUUCUUUUGUUAGAUGCAUGUUGGUUGCUUGGGCUAACAUGUUUCUAUUCUGCAUAAUAUGCCUUCUGUUUUGAGGGUUCUAAGUGAGUUUAGUAUUAUGCUAGUGGUGAUGAUAUUCUUCAUGCCUUCCAUCAAUCCAUCUUGAAGGGAUCGUGCCUUACAGUUUUGACGCAUUUGGGUAUGUGGAAAAAUUGUCUUAAUUUAUAGCGUGUUUGAUCCUUUCUUCACGUUUAUAAUCUUUUCUGAUGUCUUUUUAUAGUUCUCUUGUGGCAGGUUAAGAUGUCAGACUUGUUAAACUUAAAUCACAGGCUAGUUAGUUCAUAUAUUGUAAUUCCUGAUUGUCAAUUUUUUCACUGGCUUGUGUCCAAAUGCUAGAAAAAUUGCUGCUGGUUGUUAAAUGAAAACAGAAAUUUAGAAAAAUAAAAAAAUAAAAAAAGGAAAAGGAAAGAUUGGACUAAGCUUUUGAAAAAGUUUUCCUUGGCAGGCAGGUUUGAACAUAGGUCAAUAACCUAGAUUUUGUGUCAACUAUUUCAUUCGGUUGGACGAUGAUAAGGUUCAAGACACUAACAACCGCAGCCAGGUCAAUGGUAUAUCACCUUAUAAUUUGUAUUCUUUGUAUGAAGAAUUUUUUAGUGGUUCAGGUAAAUUAUCAAGUUUAAAUUGCGCCCAUCCUACAAAAUUUAGGUCCUUUCUUUUUUUUAUCCUGAUAAUUUAUAUUUUCCAUGAUUAUGUGGAGCUAAAGUUUGAUAUGAUUCAUCUAUGAGAAGUUUAGUUUAAUUAUGGACGACGGGUUACUUCCUUGACAUGAUUGGAGAAUCCAAAUUCCAAACACGUGUUUCUACGUGUCGUGAGUACCACUUUGGUUUCUAGAGGACAUAUGUGAGACCUUAUCAUUAUUAUUAAAUACCACCUUUAUUUUCUUCAUUGACAGUAGUCACUCUAUUCUAAGAAAUUUGGAGUGAUAUUUGUGGUGCUUCUUUCAUUCUUACAUUCUUACAUUCAGCAGUAGAGAGGAGGUUUCAUCUCAACGGGCUACGCCUGUUCCUUCAGGGAGUAUCUUCCAAGCUGAAGUGUUCUAUAUUAGUAAUUGUUAGGAGUCGACAAAUUUAUGUUGCUGGUUCUACUAAUAUCAUCAGACUUCACAGAGUUGGAUCCUUAUCCUUGCCAUCAAUACAUACAUGAUGAUGGCAGUUCAUUUCAUACUCGAAUUUCAUUCAAAUAGCCUGGGCAAUAUUUGUCUGAUUAGCAUGUAGUCUUUCAUGCUUAGGCAACAUCUCUUUGAUCUAUAUGUUGUUACAGAGUUGGUUGGAUGCCUGUCAAAUCAUGAUUCUUGUGCUUCAAGUUACAUGUCUGAUUAGCAUUUAGUUUGUUGUUGUGUCCCAUGCACCUUAAGUCUCGCUUCGCCUGUUGGUUGUGGUGGUUACAGCAGUGAGGAACGAGGAGAGUGUCUUACCUUUCAUUCCUAAAUGGAAAGGAAAUGAAAGGAAAGGUCUUCAAGUCUCUUGUACUUGUUUGUGUGCCUUUAUUUCUUUUGUACACAACACAUUGUUUAGUUUAGAUGGUCUGAUGGCUGAAAUCUUAGAGACGUGAAAGGAUGUUUCUCUAGGGGUUUUGGGCUUUCCUGAGCUGCUUUUAUGACACUUGGCUAACAUAAUAAUUGUGAGUUGUUAAGGUCAAUCGCCAUUAGAUGAUAAAAGUGGCACUGGGUGGCUCCUGCUGUCUGCCACGAAGGUCGUGGAUUGUUGCUGAUGAUGAAGAACUUGAUUUACAAUUGUCUGUAUGUUUCAUAACAGGAACCUCAUUCGUGGAGGGUGGGAGGAUGUUUUUGUGGUGUUCGAGGGGAGGAGGGAGUGUUAACUGCAAAUAUUUUUUUUUUUUUGAAAGUCCCAAUAAUUAUAGUAAUAGAAGAGCAAAAAUUGUAUUAUUUCCUGUUACUUUGGAGUCUUAUACUAUACCAUAUAUCUUCUGCAUGGCUAAUCUUUGGUAUCUGCAAAA